CACUCCUCCACAACCCGGUCUGUCACAGCUCCUCUGGACUUUACUCUGAGCAGGAUCAAACCUCGUUGCUAUUAACGCAGGAUGGAUGUGAAGCUGCUGGCAGUCGUGGCUGCGCUUACUUUCUUGACAUAUGCGCCUCCAUCACAAGCGAAGCCCCUCGGUAUGGUGGAGAGAUGCUCCUGCCGUUCAACAGUCAAUAACCUCCCUCGAGGCCACAUCCGAGAGCUCAAGUUCAUCCACACGCCCAACUGCCCCUUCCAAGUGAUUGCCAAGCUGAAGACAAACAAAGAGGUGUGCGUGAACCCAGAGACCCCAUGGUUGCAGAGAUACUUGAAGAAUGCCAUUAAGAAGAUGAAGCAAUACAAACCGGGCAACUAAAACACCUGCCGAGAUAUUUCUGAGGAUUUGGACCAUCAUCACAGAUAUAUAACAUGUAAUAUGAAAACAUCUGGAAUGAUGUACAGCACUUAUCGUGGCUGCCACGCUGCAGCCUCUUGCAUGGAAUUAAUCUACAAGCCUUCAUUAUCACCACCAAUCCACCAGCAUUGUCUCCGUCUUCACCAUCGCCACGCUCACCGCUUGUAGAGAUGUUAUUAUUGCAAAGUGCAAUUAUAUCUGUGAGUUUUUGUCUUUCUAUCUAUAAUGUAUAUACUUUUUUUUUGUUUAAUGGGCUUCAACAGUAAAUGUCUAUUUUCACAUCUGGCCUCUCUGUCAUGUAGAAGAAAAGGAUCAAGGUCAAAAAGGUUAAAGGGGGAGAGAUGUAGGUCAGCAAGAGGGUUUUCAGAGAGGGAUCAAAUAUGAGUCAAAAUCUCACUUGCAAGUAGCAGAGUCCUGUAGUCUGCUGAGUCAGGAGACUAUGGAUUCAUUCAAACUAGUUCUUAACAUGGCAUCUGCUUAUCCUUAUUGCUCCUUAUUUUAGAUUGUACAAAAUGAUAAACAGCAAUGUAGAGUCUCUAUUCUAAAAGCUGAGCAAUGGGCAGAGCCACACAGUUUGCCAAGUUGUGUUUCAAGUUAAUUGGCCCCAUGGAAUUUCAAUGGGUGCCAACUACCCCCAGACUGAAUAUAAGAUGCAUACAAGAUCCUAGUAAAAAUGGCAAUUACAAUGUUUUUGUGAUGGAAAUUAGGAUGCCAAAAGAGCCCGGGCAUUUCCUGAGCUGUUCUGCGGCUGUGAUUAUGCGACCCUGUUACCCAACAUGUCUGUUUUUUUUUCUUUUUUCCAUCCUUUGAGAAAAGCUGAACAUCUGGAUCCAAAACAGAUUUUAAUCGAGCGACCAAUGAGAAGAAAUUUACUGGAAUCAUAAAGCUUGCUGUCAGUUCGUUAAGCACAAAUCGUGACACUAACUAAUAGUGGUUAGCAGUCUUACGAAAUCAGUGCCAGAAAUAUGAACACAUGUUAGCUAGAUUCUGAUUAAUAGCCAAUUUGAAAGAAGGAUGUACAGCAAUCUGAACAACACUAAUCACAUCAAUAGUUAGAAUACUGUAAAUAUUAUGUGAGGUAAUUCUAGCAGUAGCAGAGAAAUUAGAAAUACCAUUACUGACAAUGAGUAGAGAUGUACAAAGACGUGACUACCUACAAUUGUCAUGCAGAUAGCAAUGCACUUUAUAUCUGAUGUGUUCAUAUUUUAACAAAAAACACAAUACUCACUAAGCCUGAUCAUUAAAUUCUGUCUUUUAUCUUUAUGUUUUAUGUUUAUCAUGUUGUUUUCUAUUCUGUUCCUUUUGAUUGAUGAAUGUAUAGCUGCAUUUAACUGUUGAAGUCAGGGAGAUGUCAUCUAUUCAAAAUCUCCUUGUCAUGUGUAAGAUUAAUAUUAUAUAAAUGUUCUAUUUUUGUACUCUUUUAUGCAUUUAUAUAUUAAAUCCAAACAUAUAAAUGAAGAAACUGUACUCUCACAACUGAGCCUUGCAGCCAACAUUUUUACUGAGACUUGUAUACAGUUGGUCAGUAAAAAGGGGAUUUUUGUUUUGUUAUGGUUACCAUGUUAAUGUAGACUUUCCUACUGUAUAUGUUUUAAGUCUUUUAUAAUCAUAAAUACCCGCGCUGAUUCACACUCACUCAUGCACAAACAUACACACACACACUCGGUUAAGACAAGGUAAACACAAUGACUUCACAGCUUUACAAUUACGUACCAGUGCACUGCGGGUCAGAGGGGCAAGCUAAAGACUUUGAUGUGAGAACAUGUGUUUAGCUUUACUCACAGGGAAAAAAAUAAAAGGCUUAUUAUUGUUAUUUAACUAUUAACUCAACAAGCAGCCAUUAGGAAUACAUUAGAGCUAAAAGGGAUGAACUUUUAACUUCCCUGUAGGGGCAUUAUGCAAGGCGGAGCACAGUAGUAGCUGUAAUGAUGAGAGUGAUCCACUGAUUGAAACAUCAGGGCAAGAUAAAGCGCUGUGAGUGGCAAUUCUCAACCCAUUUUGGGCUAAGAUUAGCUUUGAUGUCCAGAAUGCAGAGUCAGCAGCACUCUUUUGUGAGAUAAAGCCAUUGAUUCAUCUCUGGUGUCCUAUUUUGGCGUGGAAAUAUACAGAUAAAAUCACUGUGUGAACUGAUUGUGUUAUAUGUUAGAUAUUACUGCGGGAAUCUACAGGUAGCAACAAGUAUUUCCCUUUUCUAGUAAUGUGAAGAUUAGGCAGCUUCUCCUUUGAGACAUUUAAUCUUAUAGAGGACAGAUUCUCAUAUCUUACAAUGUUAACCAUGUGUAUUCUGAAAUGGAUCAUUUUCAAAACAUCUGUACUUUGAUUAAACUUUUAAA